GCUUUGUCUGCCUUGAUCGAAACUGGUUUCUUUCGCUUAUUUUGUAUCUUCUGGCCCUGUCUCCUUCUGAAUCCCAUUGUCAUUUUUUGUGAUCACAAACGUAGAGUCGUUUAAAGAAACAAGCUAUACCCUUUAUCAUCUAAGUUCUAGGCUUCUAGCUAUGCACAUAAGGUGCUUGAAGAAAUGGCCUACCUAAAUUUGGUUAUGCCUCACGGAGACAGAAGGGGAAAACAAAACCCAAAAAAUUUUUGCUAUUCCCUUUUGCCAGUGUAGUAAUAUUAGCUGUUCGUCAAUGCAGUUUUCGCUUUGAAGAAAGUGUUUUGCCUUAUAGUGAUACGGAUUUUGUGGCCAACUCUAAGCCCAAUUUAGUUUCUGAAACAUGUAGCCUUUAUAUGAUCUAUAACAUCAUGCUUCUCAUUCUCGUUAGCGUUGACAUCAUUGUUGUUAGUGCCAAAGAAGUAGUGACUAUCUAAAACAUGGGAAAGGCAUCAAGGGAUAAGAGGGAUAUCUACUACCGAAAAGCAAAAGAAGAAGGUUGGCGUGCUCGAAGUGCUUUUAAGCUUCUUCAGAUAGAUGAGGAAUUCAACAUAUUUGAAGGGGUGAAGCGUGUGGUGGAUUUAUGUGCUGCACCUGGCAGUUGGAGUCAGGUUUUGAGCCGUAAAUUAUAUCUGCCGGCAAAACUUUCACAAGAUUCAAGGGAUGAUGAACUUCCUCUUAUUGUGGCUAUUGACUUACAACCCAUGGCUCCAAUUGAAGGUGUUAUCCAAGUACAGGGAGACAUCACCAAUGCCCGAACAGCUGAAGUGGUUAUUAGACAUUUUGAUGGCUGCAAGGCUGACCUGGUUGUAUGUGAUGGUGCACCCGAUGUCACUGGUCUUCAUGAUAUGGAUGAAUUUGUUCAAUCUCAACUCAUACUAGCGGGUUUGACAAUUGUCACACAUGUACUUAGAGAAGGUGGGAAAUUUAUUGCUAAAAUAUUUCGUGGGAAAGAUACAAGUCUUCUUUACUGCCAGGUGCAUGAAAUGCUCAUUAGAAGUUCAAUUUUUUAUGAUGCAUCUUAUGAUCUGGUUACUUGUUUGUUGUUCAAUCAUUCCCUGUCAUAUCACGCCAAAGCUUGUGUUCUGCUCAAAUUAUUUUUCCCUGUCGUGACUUUUGCAAAACCAAAAAGUAGCCGCAAUUCCAGUAUAGAAGCAUUUGCAGUUUGUGAGAAUUAUUCCCCUCCUGAGGGAUUUAAUCCAAAAGACUUGCAUCGCCUCCUAGAAAAGGUGGGAAGCCCCUCAGGCAUGGACGAUAUAGAUUGCAGCAGUGGAUGGUUAGAAGGACCGAAUAAGGUUUAUAUCCCAUUUCUAGCUUGUGGGGACCUUAGCGGGUAUGAUUCUGACCGAUCAUAUCCGCUGCCGAAAGUUGCGGAGGGCACUUAUCAGAGCUUGGAUCCUGUACAACCCCCAAUCGCCCCUCCUUAUAAGAGAGCUCUUGAAAUGAAGAAAGCUUCUAAUCAUGGCAUCAAAGAGCUUGAAAAACUCUCUUUGGAUUCCUAAUCCUCCCCCUAAAUUUUUCAUUCUUUUUCUCCCUUUUUCUGUUCCCUUUUGAACAUGAGCUUAGCAGAUUUGGAAGGGUUAGUUUUUGUUGUACUUGCUUAUUACUGGCAGACAUACAAUGAUUACCAUGUCCUAAUUAUUAACUUUCAUCAUUAUCAAUUUUAUCUCUCGAAUCAUUUGACAGAGAUUUA